AUGAAGCAUGUACACAAAGUACCAAAUAUGGGACUGAAAUACCACAGGAAUGGUUGCAGCGCGCUGCAGCGAGCAGCCGCGGAUGGCCACGUGGAGGUGGUGCGUCUACUUCUGGAGCACGGAGCAGACCCCAACAAGCAGGACCUUGUGCAUGGCAACACCGCGGCGCACGAGGCGGCGUGGAAGGGCUACUCGCGGUGCGCGGCGCUCCUAGGCCGCGGCGGCGCAGAGCUCCGCGCGAGGAACGCCGCCGGCUUCGCGCCCCUCCACCUGGCCUGCCAGAACGGCCACAACCAGACCUGCCGCGAGCUGCUGCUAGCCGGCGCCCAGCCCGACUUGCAGAACAACUACGGUGAUACGUCCCUGCACACCGCCGCGCGUUACGGCCACGCCGGCGUCACGCGCAUCCUCAUAUCCGCCCAAUGCAAAGUGUCCGAACAGAACAAAAAUGGCGACACGGCACUCCACAUCGCGGCCGCAAUGGGCAGGCGCAAACUCACUAGAAUACUGCUAGAAGCGGGCUGCGACAAGUCACUGCGGAACCACCAGGGCGAGACCGCCCGGGACAUCGCCACGAGAAAAGGCUUGGAAGAGAUCAUCAGCAUCCUGAACACGCCGGUGGCAAAGCAGACGAAGAAGAAGGACAAGCACCGAGACAAGAGCAAAGAGAGAACGAUCGACGAGCCGGACGACGCGAAAAAGAAGGGCAAAGGCAAGGAAAAGAAGAAGAAAAACGUCCAUUUCGAAACGACACCGCCCCCGGUGCAAUGGUCGCCGUACGGGUGCCAUUACUACCCCGACCCGAAAUACUUCCCCAAGCCGAAACUGAGCUCCCUACCCACCGAACCGCUGAAAAAAGGCGAGCAAUACUUUCUGGACUUGGCGGGAAAUAUUAAAAAGGGCCCCAUCGGCGCCGGCUACACCUGCUACUGCGCCCCCUUCUUCAAACACAUGGAGGAGAAACUGAAUGAGGACAAGAAGGAUUUGAAGCGCCACAUAGACAAAGCCCACGAGAGGUUAGACCAAAAAGUGACGCAUUUAGAAAUGAAAACGCAGGGGCAAAUUUCGGAACUCACCAAGUUUGUCGCCGCGGAGAGAGCACUUUGUAAAGAGAGGCAUAAGCAUUUGGAACAGUGGCUGACCAGAGGCAUGAUAUUCAGGGCUUCAGAGAGAACGAGAAAACUGGACUUCAGUCCAAAAGGUUCUGUGGAUAUACCACCUAUUAAAAGAACUAGAAGCUUAGAGCUUUUAGACGGGAACUCUGAGGAAUGGAGCAAAGUUGAUAGGAUUAUAAAAGGCUUCAACGAAAAUGCCGAAGAAUUUGAGAACAAUGCCAAAGAAUUAAAUGAUAGCAAGAUGACAUCAAAAAGCACUGAAGGUCUGGACACUAGACCGCCCGCGAGUCCCAGGAGGAGGUACAUUCUCAAGAAUUCCAGAAGCAGCGACCAACUAGACACCGGGAUUCACAUAUGUGACGAGGAAAAUCGUCUGCAUAACGUUACAGCCGAAGUUCAUGUGAAAGCUAAUAAAAUGGUCAUGUCAGAAUCACCGGUUUCUAUGGAAGUGCGGGGUAUUACGGAAAGAUAUACGGUACCCAGUGAACCAUCGCCAGCUAAGUCACCUAGCAGUAGUAACCGACAAUCGGACUUUAAAGCAAGCGAUUCCGAAGGCGACGUUGCACUUAGAAGUACUCUUAAAGAUAAACCUCAAACUCCACCAGCAUGGAAAAGCCAAGUGCUCCAAAGAACGGCCGAUGAUAUAAGAAAACGAGUAAUGAUCGAGAAGGAUAUGUCUCUAAUAAGCAGAAACACUAAAGCUUUAGAUAUAUCUCAAGACGGCUACGUAAAACUACACAAACAAGUUAACUAUCCCCAAAGGGAAACGAACAUGGAAAGAGAGCAAAGAAGAUCCGUACAGGAAUUAGUGGCUCAAGUCGAGCACCAGCAGAGAUGCAAAUCCCCCGAAAGACUGCCAUUACCGAGGAAAACUCCCACCGACGCCCAAGAAGUUCCCGCAGUUUCGCCUAAAAUUCAACCGAGCCCCGGUAUACUCAAAAUGCCUCAGCAACCGCAGAGGCCAGCACCUAUCCUCAAAGAGAAACCACCGAAGAGCAAAAGGUUCAGUUUGCACAAUCUCAUACCUUUCCCGACAAGGAAAACAUUUCAAACGCCGCCCAAAGAGAAUGGAAACAAUUCUGAGAGCAGUGACGAAGAUGACACACCCAUAAGGACCACAAACCAACCGGGGCCCAUGAGAAAUGCCAAUUUGCUGCAAACCCUACCCCUACCGAACUACGAAACAAUGUCCAGUAAAUCCCACUCGCCGGCGCCACAACAAGCGCAACCGCAAAUUAAACCUUACCACGGCGAAGAGACACGCCCCAUGAUCCCGAAAGACGCGUACUUCCACGAGCUUCCCAACAGGCAGAUGAACCAUCAAAUGCCGUACAGGGACAUGAUAGACGGCGGCCUACCGCUACCGCUGCCCCAAUACCCGUGCCAGCCCCAAUACGACUACAACGAGCCGGGCCUCCCGCAGACGCAGGCGCAGACGCAGGGCCGCAACAGGAACCCGCUGCACCACCACCAGACGGGCGUGUUCGACGCGAUGAUGCAGGACCACAUAAUGAGGGAGAUGGAGCGGAUUCCGCACCGCUACAGCGACCGCUUGGACCAGAACACGGAGGUCGAGAUCGCGAACCAGGGCGAGUUCCGCGGCUACUACGCCGAGCGGCCGCCACUCUACCCGAACUUCAGGAGCCAGCCCGCGAAGCCCCAGCCCGACCACAGUCUACUGCACAGCCGCCUGCAGUCGCUGGCGAUCAACACCCAUCUGUCGGAGACCCAGAGCCAAGCGGACAGGGAGUCGCACAACGACUCCGGCUACAGCACCAAGGUGUACGGCAGCUCGCAGGGCCCCUCGCCCAGCCUGUCCGGACACGUGGAGGGCUCGGACAACCUGUCCGGACGCGUGAGCAUCCUCCCACCUGCCAAGGGAAUCGGCCAGAUGGGCACCUCGAGUUUGGUU